AUGAUUAGUAAGAUAGCACCUGGUUCAUUUAAGCAGCAGUCUGGUCCAAGAAAGGGAAAACUAUAUUGCACUGAAUGUGGAUAUACUUCACACACAACUGACAAGUGCUUCAGACUUAUUGGUUUUCCUCCUGGUUUUAAAUCUGGCAGAAAUAAGGGAAUCAAUUCUUCAAGUCAAGUUCAUUCAGUAGCAUCUUCUGGUGAGCAAAGCUUUUCUUCAAUGCCAUUUACUCCGGAACAAUAUAAUCAAAUACUCAGCUUGAUUAAACCUGUCAAUGUUCCACCUAUUGAUACUCCUUCGAUCAAUAAGUCUGAUAACCUCAAACCAACAUUUCAACCUCAAUGCAACAUGACAGAUCUUCCAGAAUUAGGAAUGUUCCUAGCUACCUUGACCAAUAUCAUUGCAACCUCCUUACUUCUUCAUCAGAUCAGUCUAACUCCAUGUGUUCAGGGAGAUCGAAUAAGGGGGAUGUUACAGCUCAACAAUCAGCCGAAGCCGGAGCUGGAAAAGAAACAGAAGCAGUUGGUAGUUGAAGAUGCUGAGCUGGAACAAGUUGUUAAAACAGUUGGUUAA